AUGGCUGCAGAUUUAUGGCGAACAUGUUCCACGUUCAUCUGGAUAUUACCACUGGUUUUAAGUUCAAGGACGAGGAUUUAUCCACCCAAUGAAGUGACCCUGCUGGAUACCAGGACAGUGCCAGGAGAGCUGAAAUGGGCUGCCAGUCCUUCCGAGGGAGGGUGGGAAGAGGUGAGUAUAAUGGAUGAGAAGAACAUCCCCAUCAGAACAUACCAGGUGUGCAAUGUCUUAGAGCCCAAUCAAAACAACUGGUUGAGGACUGACUGGAUCCCUCGGUCCGGCGCUCAGCGGGUCUACGUCGAAGUCAAGUUCACCCUGAGAGACUGUAAUAGCCUGCCAGGGGUCACCGGCACCUGCAAGGAGACAUUCAAUCUCUACUACCACGAGUCUAACGAAGACAGAGAGAGCUACAUCAAAGAGAGCAGCUUCAUUAAGGUGGACACUGUGGCAGCAGACGAGAGCUUCACCCAGGUGGACGUUGGGGACCGCAUCAUGAAACUGAAUACUGAGGUGCGAGACGUGAAGGUCACGACCCGGAAGGGUUUCUACCUGGCCUUUCAGGAUGUCGGCGCCUGCAUCGCUUUGGUUUCCGUCAGAGUUUUCUACAAAACCUGCCCGCUCACCAUUCGUAACCUGGCAACGUUUCCUGACACUGUUACCGGGGCCGAUACGUCUUCCUUAGUGGAGGUCAGGGGGUCUUGUGUCAACCAAUCAGAAGAGAGAGAUGAGCCUAAAAUGUACUGCGGUGCUGAUGGAGAGUGGCUGGUUCCUAUUGGUGGAUGUCUCUGCAACCCAGGAUAUCAAGAGAAGGGUGGCACAUGUAAAGCCUGUUCUGUUGGGUUUUACAAGGCCAAGCCUUCAGACGCUGGAUGCUCUAAGUGUCCUCCACAUAGCCACUCACUCAGAGACGGGGCGACUGUCUGCGACUGCCACUCUGGAUUCUACCGCGCUGACAGCGACCCUCCCUCCAUGGCCUGCACCCAGCCACCGUCAGCCCCACAGCAGCUCAUCUCUGUGGUGAACGAGACCUCGGUGGUCUUGGAGUGGGCCCCUCGCCGGCUGGGAGGACGUAUUGACACCAGCUACAGUCUUGAGUGUCUCAUUUGCUCCAUCUCCAGCUCUCAGCUCUGCCUGCCCUGUAGCUCUGAUGUGCUCUUCACUCCCGACCAGACCGGCCUGAAGUCCACCAGGGUGGUGGUGAGCGAGCUCAGGGCCCACACACACUACACCUUCAUCGUCCAUGCACGCAACGGGGUCACCCAGGCCAGCAGUGCAGGGGCAGCCCAGAGCGUGUCUGUCACUGUCACCACCAACCAAGCUGCUCCCUCUCCGGUGUCGUCCAUCUUAGCCACCGACGUCACCAGGCACAGUUUAUCGUUGUCGUGGCAACAGCCGGAUCGACCCAACGGGGUCAUCCUGGAAUACGAGGUCAAAUUCUAUGAAAAGGAUCAGAAAGAGAGGUCCUACCGCAUAAUGAGGACCUUCUCUCGGAGCGUCGAUGUCACAGGUCUUAACCCCCUCACUGUGUACGUGUUUCAUGUGCGUGCCCGCACAGCUGCUGGAUACGGAGAGUUCAGCACCCCGUUUGAAUUCGCCACCAAUUCAGAUCCCUUCCCCCUGAUUGGAGAAGGAGUUAACUCAGCCUUCCUGCUGCUGUCUGUCAGUGGGGUUGGAAUUUUACUGCUGAUAUCUGCAGCUGUCUUCAUCAUUAGCCGCAGGAGGACCAAGUACAGUAAAACAAAGCAGGACUCAGAGGAGGAGAAACAUCUUAACCCAGGAGUUAAAAUCUACGUGGACCCGUUCACCUAUGAAGACCCCGAUCAGGCUAUCCACGAGUUUGCCAAGGAGAUUGAUGUUAGCAGUAUUCAUAUUGAGAGGGUUAUUGGCAUGGGAGAGUUUGGGGAGGUUUGCAGUGGUCGACUGCGUGCUCAGGGAAAAAGGGAGAUCUACGUAGCCAUCAAGAGUCUGAAGGCGGGAUACUCCGACAAACAGAGGAGGGACUUCCUGUCUGAAGCCUCCAUCAUGGGCCAGUUUGACCAUCCGAACAUCAUCAGGCUGGAGGGUGUCGUGACAGGAUGCAAACCCUUGAUGAUCAUCACAGAAUACAUGGAAAAUGGAUCCCUGGAUGCUUUUCUUCGGAAACAUGACGGCCAGUUCACGGUGAUCCAGCUGGUCGGCAUGAUGCGGGGCAUCGCCUCAGGUAUGAAGCACCUGUCAGACAUGAGCUACGUUCACCGAGACCUGGCAGCUCGAAACGUCCUGGUCAACAGCAACCUGGUGUGUAAGGUGUCUGACUUUGGCCUGAGUCGCGUUCUGGAGGACGACCCCGAGGCCGCCUACACUACAAGGGCCACUGGGAGUUAUCUGUCCCCUGGAGGGAAGAUCCCCAUCAGAUGGACGGCUCCGGAGGCCAUCGCCUACAGGAAGUUCACCACGGCCAGUGAUGUGUGGAGUUACGGUAUCGUCAUGUGGGAGGUGGUUUCUUACGGAGAGAGACCCUACUGGGACAUGAACAACCAGGAUGUGAUUAAAGCGAUAGAAGAGGGCUACCGUCUGCCCGCUCCCAUGGACUGCCCGGUGGUGCUGCACCAGCUGAUGUUGGACUGCUGGGAGAGAGAGCGAGCAGAGAGACCCACCUUCAGCCAGAUACUCAACAUGCUGGAUAAACUCAUCCGUAACCCUGGGACUCUGCGCCGGACAGGAGGGGACAGACACACAGCCACUAUGUUGGAGUCAGGUGUGGGUUCAGAGGUGUGUGUGUCGGUCCUGCCAGAGGUGUGUAUGCCUGUGUGGUCGGUAUGCGAGUGGCUGCGGUCCAUCGGGUUGGAGAGGUACAGAGACACUCUGGCAGCAGCAGGAUAUACCAGCAUCGACAGCCUCCUGGCUCUCACACACCAGGAGAUGGACAGACUUGGAAUAAUCACACCGUCACACCAGGACAUAUUAAUUGCUAGUGUGCAGCAAGAAAUGUUGUCUCAAAUGCAGCACAUGCAACACACAAUGGUUCCAGUCUGAGCUGGAGAUGGACACAAACCUGUUUUGAGAAGAAUUUCAUUUACCUCAUCCAUGCACUUUAGAGGGACUUUUCACCAGUGGAAAUACAAGGAGCGGCGUGAAGUAGAAGAGAAUGAGAAAAGCAGCACUUUUGUGAACUUCCAUCCUGUGGAGUUUUCUGAAAACCAUGAUCUGGACGUGGCCACAGAUAGCAUUAAGCUACUGAGAGCUUAGACUGAAGCCUCAUCCUCUUAUCCAGUUCUAUUUCUCAUUAUUUUAUUUUAUGUUUUGUGAAA